AUGUCUGCAAAUACCCCCAAUCUUUCAACCGGGGGCUCUUCAGAUUUGAAUACCUCAUCAUCAGUCCUCACAUCUUCUCCCGUAGUAUCUUCUUCUCUCACUUCAACUCCAUCUGCUACAAUGGACCAAGAUCCUAAACAACAACAACAGCAUCUCACACAUCAUCCUCCUCCUCCUGCAGUUAUCCAACCUGCUAAUACUUCAACUACCGGAAAGUCCAAGAAAGACGCCCGUGGUAGCGGUGGUGGAGGUAGCUCCUCUUCUAAAAAAUCUGCUCCAGGUAAAAACGCAGAUUCAAAAGACAAAAAGAAACUCGUUGUUGCUUGUAUUGCCUGUCGUAAGAAGAAAAUCAAAUGUUCGUCUGAUCGCCCAGCCUGUUCAAACUGUCUACGUCUAAAUAUCCUCUGUGAGUACCCCGUAAUUCGCAACCGUGGCUCACGCUUCGGCUACAUGGAAAUGCUCAACAAACGCCUUAACCAUCUCGAAAAAUACAUCAACUGCAGCACAAACCCAGAUUACCAUCCACAGUUUGUAAAGAUUCAUCAAAAGCCCCGGCCUUCAGCAGAUUUUGAACCUGUUGCAACAUCUCACUCUAUAAACAAUGCCACCAAUGAUGAAAUCAAUAACUCUACUCACGGAACCUCACCACCAACGGAUCCAGAUCUUACAAUGCAAAAUACUAUUGCCAAUACCUCGGUAGAUCCAGAUACCGACUCGCUAAUCACUCAGCUUGGACCUGGAAUUUCCAAACAGCUCGCGCCACCAUCAAUAACACCAAAACAAAAUGCAGCUAUGGAUAACAUUGAACUUCCCCCGCUUGACAUCAUACUUCAUCUUGUCGAGCUUUACUUUCGCCACGUCCAUGGCCAAACUUACUCGUUUCUUCACAAACCUACCCUUAUCCCUCGUAUCUACAAAAACCAAGUUAACAAGGCUAUAGUCCUGGCACUAUGCGGUCUCACAGCCCGUUUCUCCCGUCAUCCUGCCAUUACUACGCGCGUUCCGUAUCUCGCUGGCGAGGAGUUUGUGAGCCGCGCACGGAAAGUUAUCUCCAUGGAGUUUGACGACCCCAAUCUGGAAACAGUACAAGCCAUGAUUCUCCUUGUUCAGCACGACUUUUUCCGCUCAAAGGGUAAAAAAUCCAUGAUUUACAUCUCCAUGGCUCUCCGCAUGGCUGCUACUCUCGGUCUCCAUGAAGAAUCCCCAGACCCUAAACUUACUUUUUUGGAGCGCGAGCAACGCCGCAGAACUUACUGGUCCUUAGUUGUUUUAGACCGCUUGGGCCAUUCGGGUCCUCACUGGCACGUCCAGCUCAGAGCUGACAUUGUAGAUAUUCAAAUGCCCUGCACAGACUAUUGCUACGAUAACUGUAUUCCAGUCGUCACUCAAAAACUAAAUGGCGACCCGCCACCACCAAUUAAGCUCUCCGGGAAUUCACAAUACCCUGUUUACCCCGCAGCAAAUCUCGGUCUUUAUGCGUAUAUUGUCAAGAUUACCAUACUUUGGUGCGAUAUUAACAAAUACGUCAUGGAAGGAUACAAACAAGAAACUGUUCCUCCUUGGAAAGAAGGCUCCAAAUAUCAAGAACUUGAAGCCCGCCUUCAAGCCCUUUUUGCAGAGCUCCCUAAAGACUAUCAAUACUCUCGUGAACGCUUGAUCGCGCUAGACACAGUCAACCAAGGCGGUGCUCUAGUUCACUUGCAUGGCGAGCUUCUCACGUCUCUGUGCUAUCUCAACAGAGUCGUGUAUCCUUACAACUAUAAAAAGAUGAAGUUUGACGAACCUCCUCCAGCAAGCUUUGUUGAGCGUGCGGCUAUCAACAUUAUGGCUUCUGCUAAGGCUCAGUCCUCCAUGAUUGAAGACGUCCUCAUGAUGGAAGACUUUAACAUGGCUCCAUUCAUUGGGUUUGGUGUGUUUGCAGUUUCUUCAGUUCAUAUUGCAAACUCCUUUUCUUCAGACCCAGCUGUGGCUUCUGCAGCCAAAAAUAACUUGGCCAUCAAUCUCAAGUUUCUCGUCAUUAUGCGCGAGUACUGGUACUCUGUUGGUGUGUGGUGCAUCAUUCUUAAAGACCGCUAUUUCCAAAAGGCGCGCCGCCACAAGCUUCGUAUGCAGCAGCAGAAAUAUUCAGAAGGAUCCGCGAUUGACUCUAAAAAGGACGAUGAAACCCCCGCCCAACAAGACAAGUCCGAAAAGAAAGGAAAGGAAGAUGAAGAUGAUAAUGAAGCAAGCCAGAUUCUUCCAGAUGGAUUUUCGCGGCCAGGAACUCCGCCGUUGGCUUAUGCCCCCGACGGUAUGAUGUAUGUGGCUGCCAACAAAUCAGGCCACAGUGAAACAUCAAGCGGAGUAUCAUCUCCGGGUGUUUUAUCUACAUAUGACUCAUCUAGUCGUGCAAGUAGUAGUGGUGAUGGGGCUACCAAUGAUAGGGCUUCCAAACAAGCAUUACAGGAAGCUGUGGGCCGGGUGGUUAGCCAGCCUCAACAUCACCAACAACAACAGCAGC